AUGAACAAAAGAGUGGAUCUGGUGCUUAAACAUAGGCAAUAUUUAUAUUUCAAUAAUUUAUCUUUUUUAAAACCUGUAUCUGAGAGAAGACAAACUGAAAGUUCAAUCAAUGAUACUUUUCAAAAUGUAGACGAACAGUUCAAUUCUAGUGAUGAAAGCCAAAAAGUGACUAAAAAAAGGAAAUCAACGAAAAGUAUAGAUAAUGAGAAUGAGUUAAUAAAACAAUUAUCACAUCGUUUAUCAGAUCGUAUGAGCAAACAAGAUGAACAGUUAGAUAAUAUUGAUAGUGAUAAACAUUUCUUACUGUCAUUAUACGAUCGUUUCAAAUCCAUUGAUAAUAACUUAAAAUGGCAAGCCCAAAUUGAAAUAAUGAAUGUAAUUCAAAAAUAUAGUCAACCUAAUACCCAAAAUUAUAAUUAUGAGUUGUUUGGUAGACGUUUGGAUAAUACACCAAGUCAUACUUAUAACACGACCGAGUAUGAAACAAGACAAUACCCGAUGUAUCCACAUAAAAAAUAUCCCAGCCAUAUCGAAGUCUCUCCAUUUCGAGCACCUACAACAGUGAAUGUACCAGAAAUCUCGCCAACUUACACUCAAUCAAAUACUUCACCAGACAGCAUUUCAUCUCAGGCCACCGAUGAUGAUCACGAUUCAACUAUAUCAAAUAUUUUCAAUUAA